AUGGCCCCCAACCACAUGGCCCUCAACCACACGGCCCACAACCGCAUGGUCCACAACCGCAUGGCCCACAACCACACGGCCCACAACCACAUGGCCCACAACCACAUGGUCCACAACCACAUGGCCCACAACCACAUGGCCCACAACCACAUGACAACCACAACUCCAUGGCCCACAACCACAACAACACCUACAACCACAACUCCAUGGCCCACAACCACAACAGCAACUACAGCCACAACUACAUGGCCCACAACCACAACAGCAACUAUAACCACACGUCCAUGGACCACAUGGACCACAGCUAGACCCACAACCACGCACUGGCCCACUACCACAUACGCCCCAACUCCUCCCCUCAGCCAACUCCCACUACAGUUCGCUUUUCUUGUGGACCCACCUGUUCCAUCGUGUCAAGAAGGACUCUACCUGCCCAAGUUUGUGUCCCCAACACCUAAAAAUGCAGAGGUUAUCCAUGCAGAGAUCAACUCAGUCUUGGAGAUCAGAGUCAAAGCUCAAGCUUCACUUGCAGUAAUUCAAGGUAUCAUCAUCAGUGGGCCCUCGAACGUCACCAAGCACAAGACGACGCACAACGAGUUCGUCAUCAGGUGGAUGCCCACAGACGAAGACCUGGGGGAGUUUUUUCCAAUCUGCUUUGCUGUUGAAUCAGCAACAGGGCCAAGUGUCACCAGACCUCCAGUCACCACCCAGUCCCAUUCUCACUCGCAUUUUCACCCAACCCCGACUUCACGGUCUGGCAUCUAUCACUCUGAGAUGAGGUGCGUCGUGGUGGAAGUCAAGGCACAGAUAGUUAAAUGCGAAGUGAUCUGUAAUGAGUCCUCAAUGACAAUCCUGGUGGAGAAAGCUUCCUUCCCUCGACUCAGUGAGGAUCAUCUGCGGCUCAGCGACCCCUCCAACACCAUCUGCAGCCUGCAGACUCACUCCAACAGCACCCACGUCAUCGGCAUCAUCCCCCUCAACCAGUGUGGCACUCAGAUCGAGGAGGAUGAGGACAACCUCAUGUUCAAGAAUGAAAUCACCACAUUCGAAGACUCGAGAAAUGUGAUCACCAGGAAGCACCUGCUGGAAGUGCAGUUCUACUGCCAGUACGCCAAACAUGGCAACGUGACGCAGAGCUUCUCUGUUCACAGGAAGAACAUUACCGUGUGGGACAGAGGCUUUGGCCAAUUCACCUACGGGUUUGAGUUCUAUGAAGACAGCAGCUACCGAACCAUGAUUGACCCAACCUCGUACCCUAUGGAGGUGGAGAUAGGGAGCAAAAUUUUCAUGAAGAUAGAGGCGACCUCUUCAGUCAACAACACCGAGAUGUUUGUGGAGUCCUGCAGGGCUGCACCGUACGACAACCCCAACUACCGCACGCCCUACACCAUCAUUGCAAACGGGUGCAAAGUGGACCCGACUGUUACCAUCCACCCUAGUGCCCACAAUAAGCAGUUCCUGUUCAGCAUGGAUGCCUUCAAGUUCAUCGGCUUGCAUAACCAGGUCUACAUCACCUGUUCAGUUAUCAUGUGCGAAGUGGGGAACCCCAACACCAGGUGCUCGAAGGGAUGCAUAAAUCCCACGACCAGUGGGCGUCGCAGAAAGAGAGAGGCCGUCAUCCAGAGUGGAGAGCACUUUGUUUCCCAGGGUCCCCUGCGCCUGAAGCGGUCGGCCGAGAACAGUGACAGCUCAGCGUUCACCGUGAACCUGAACCUGGUGUUCAUCGCUGGAUGUGCCCUCGCUGCUGUUGGCAUGAUCUGUGGAGUGCUCAUCUACAAAACCAAGGCGUCAAAGGUCAAAUACCAACCGCUGCCUGUAUCUGAGACCUGAGACAGCAGCAGAAUUCACACAUCUACAUGUUAUACCUGCGUCAAAUUUAUACAAUCUGUGUAUGGGCGAGUAAGUUAACAGAUUUUUCUAUGAAACGACACCAAAAAUGAUGAUCAACUAGUGCUGCAGCUGCUGGGUGAUUGUUCAGCGUUUUUAACUGUUCCUACUAAUAAAUAUUACUCUCUGAUUUAAAUCAAGUAUCAUGAUUGUUUUCCCGUCAUAACUGUUCCUGUGUCAAAAGCGGCUUUAAAUAAAUGUAAAAGUCCUAAAUCACUUAUGGCAUACUUUUUUUUAAUGGAUCAAUAAAAACAUUCUCUUGUGUGUAUUUUUGCUGUGUUUUUUUUGUUGUUUUUGUUUUUUUUAAAAACUGGUUUAUUGGAUUAAUUAAAGACUUACACCAGAGUAAACCGAUGUUUUUAUGUCUGACAUGUAUUGGCCUGAGAAGGGGUGAACAACUGAUCAAUAAAGUUUUUUCUUACAACUA